AUGACGCCCAUCAAUAUGACCCAGGACCGGCUAGCUUCAGUCGCUGCAGCUGCCGGCGCCGGCUUUCGUCUUUCCCUCGUCCUCAAUGCUGUCAAGAUCAACAUGCAGAAUGCAGACGUGGAGAUUCAGAACAUUUCAAGGGGCGUGUCUGACUUUUCUCUUAUGCUCAAACAGGUCGCUAGAACCAUGCAAGAGGGUGGUGUACACCCCACGUCUUUAGCUGUCGAGACUGUCUUCGACAUUAAAGAGCACAGCGAACACAUCUUCCAGGAGAUCAAAAGCAUGACAGAACUCGCCCAGAUCAGGGAUGAAAGCGGACACCUCACAGAGAUUGGAAUGAGCAAGAGGAUCGUUUGGUGCUUCAAACAGCAGAAGAUUCCAUAUCUAGUUGGUCAGUUGGACUAUCUCAAGUUGAAUCUAUCAAUUAUGCUACAGAUACUCCAGCUGGCCAAGACUAUUUCACCAUUGAGGCCCCGCGUUUCGGACAAGUUCAUGAUGCAAGAAAGGGCAGAGAUCCAGAAUAUGAUCGUCCUUCAACACUGGUCAUCUGAAGAUCUGAAGAAUCUAUAUGUCGCUGCCAAUGAUGAUGACAGAAAAGACUCGGUCGGCUCCAUCGGCGAAGAUCCUCCUCCGAAGUACGAUGACCACCCACCAGACGAAGUUCGGCUGGCAAUUACAGCUCCACCAAGGCCACCAAAGGAGGAGGACACAUCCAAAGCCCUGGUACAAUACCAGGAACAGCCAUUGCACGAGCUUGAUGAAUCUCUACAUCAAGCACUUAGCAAAGAGAACCGGACCUUGGAGGCACACGUCCCAGAUAUUGUGAAUCACCUCCUAACCCAGUGGACAAUCCCAGAAUAUCCACAACAGAUGAACCAUCCUGGCGCGCGUGCCAUCACCAAUGGACAUGGCCACCAUAAGCCCAGGAAGUACGGAGCUCGCGUAUCUGAUGACGAGGAUGAUACAACUGAAUCUGAAUUUGAUGACUCUGAUGAACAUCCACGAGGAAAAUACAUCGAGGGCCCAAAACUCAAUGGAGUUAAGAAGAAGCUCCGCUUCAAAGAGCAACAAGCCAAAGUCGAAUCUGAUGAUGAUGAAGAUGAUCAUCGCCCGCGACGAUCUACAGAUGGCCGUCACAUUCUUCGCAAUGUUGACGAUGACUCCUCCGACUCUUCCGAGCUGCCUUCGCCUGUUGCAUCACGUCAUAAAGGGCAUCGACAAUCCAGCAGUAAUAGCAGUCCUGAAGCCCCUUCUCAUAGCUCGUAUGAUCGGAAAAGGCGUCCAUAUGCUGGAGGUCCUGUCGGAGGUCCAUCCGGACCCAGGAACAGCCCACCGGAGAAGGAAUUUGUACGGCAAGCCUCCGUCCGUGGAGUGCCAUAUCCUCCAAGACAAGCCGCGGCUCCUGUAUACACUCAAGGUUGGCAGGGUCAUCCCCAACAAGGUCACCAUCCUCCAGGUCCAAGUCUGAGGCCUCCACCACCCCAUCACUAUUACACCAGCCCAGCAGGUCCAGCCCAGCGACCGCCUCAGGGAGGGCCAUAUGUACCGCAACAAUACUAUCCAGGCCCAUAUAGUCCAGCAACUAGCCCCACAAUGCAGAAAGGCCAAUUCUUUCCUCAGCAGCAGGCACGUCAGCCUGGGCCUCCUCCUUCUCACGUACCCUCAGCUGAUGGACGAUCGGGGAGGCCUAAGCAUGAUCGAAGCAAUCGGAGUAGUUACGAGAGCACAGGAGGUCGCAGGGAUCGACCUUCCGAUCGCGUCCGAGACAAGAAGGAUGCAAGCCGGAACAUCAAGAGAGGCAUCGGAAUUGGUGCCGCUGCUGCUGGCCUGAUGGAGCUACUAAGUGGACUGGACGCUAUCUAG